CGAAUCAAAACGUCAACGAGUGCAGUCGUGUUUUGAUUCAUUUUUGCAAACCCCCGCGAUGGCGAAUAAGCGAUCGCAAUAUGCGGACGGAACGUUCCGCAUCGAUUUCUCGAUGGUGCCAAAGCGACCGUCUCCUUCGGAGACCGUCGAUUUCAUGUGCGAGCGGCUGGGAAUCGGCGGAAAAAAAGUGCAAGUCGCCCAGCUAAAUAGUGCGAAGAGCUGUGUGUUUGUGACGAUGGAAAGGGUGGAGGAUGCGGAGGCCAUCGUCAAGGAACACAGAGGAAAGCACUCCAUCACGCACGAGGAAAAGCACUUUCCCAUCAAUAUUGAGAUGGUAGAUGGGGCGGUAGACGUGUCCGUGCGCGAUCUGCCUCAUCUAAUCCCGGACGAGGAAAUUGUUGCCGAGAUGGCACAAUACGGUGAAGUCCUAUCCGUCACCAAGGGCGUAUGGGCCCCCGAUUCACCGUUAGCUGGUGCGCUCAACGGUGUGCGUGUGUUGAGGAUGAAGCUGUUAAAGCCCAUCCUCUCCUACGUAACACUCUGUGGGGAGGUUACAGGUGUGUCCUAUCGUGGUCAGGCACAAACUUGCCGCAACUGUGCUGCACCGGUGCACCACGGUCUGAAUUGUGUACAGAACCGGCAAAAUCGGUUUGCGAACGUUGUACAAGUAAAGGCCACGUACGCCAACACCGUUAGUGCAAAAACAGUUGCACCCACACCACAAGCAGCGUCACACACUGCAGCAGGCAAUAGUGGCCAGAAGAAAAAGAAGAAGAGCCGCUCAAGGUUCCUAUCGGCGGCGACACCUGCACCUACACACGCAAACGUGGAAGAUCAGCAUCCACGCGACGCAUCGAAGAUCGCCGCACGACUGAUCAUCCCGAUCGUGCCGGUGACCGUUCGGCCUUCCAGCCCGAAGCCGAACUCUCGCAAGGGGAAGAUAAGCAAUGCGAACGAUAAGCAUGUCGCUCCAGCUCUAUCUAUCGCUCCCACGACGGAUGCUGUCGUCUCCGCGCAUGAUCGGCGCUUCGAUGAUGCGUCAUCACCUGCCGUUCCUGCCGCUCCUGUGGCCACCGCCGCUCUUGCGGCUACCGCCUUUGCUGCGACUAAUGCUGCUUCUGUGGCUACCGCCGCUCCUGCAGCUAUCACCGCUCCUGCAGCUAACGCCGCAUCCACGGCUGCUGCUCCUGCUGCUGCCACCGCUCAUGCGGCUACCGCCUCUCCUGUGGCUACCGCCGCACUCGCUGCCGGCGCUCCUGCGACUGUCUCCACUCCUAUGGAUAAGGAUGAUCCUGCUGCUGCCGCCGCUCCUGCUACUGCCGAAGUCCCUGGUGCUGUCGUCGCUAACCCAGCGGCAACAAGUGCUCCACUGGCCCUUAAGGUACCGCUCGAUGUCCUUCCUGCCCCCUUUCCAGGCCCUUCCACGGAUGAACCGCGAACGGUAACACGUAAGCGAACCACUGAGUCAGAUGUCGAGAGUGACGCCUCAAGUUCAUCCAUGAACAGCUUUACGAUGGUCGCCAAGCGUAAGCCUGGUCGACCAUCCAAAAAGGCCACCACCACUAACAACCUCUGAAUUUCGUUGCGAUGGAUACGGUGACCAAUAAUAUAAGAACAAUUGUUAAUGGUAGCUGUAAUAUAGCUUCUAUUAACAUCAACACCAUAUCCAGCGCAACGAAAUUAGAAGCUCUUAAGACAUUUAUCAGGACGAUGGAUCUGGAUGUUGUAUUUCUGCAGGAAGUAUAUCAUACGGAUCUAGCGCUUCCAGGAUACAAUGUUUUGUCUAAUGUUGACGCGUCGAGGAGGGGUACGGCGAUCGCUUUACGGGACCAUUUAAAAUUUUCUCACGUCGAGCGCAGCUUGGACUCACGUCUAAUCUGCGUUCGGUUGGAGAAUAUAGCCACCCUAUGUAACGUUUAUGCUCCUUCGGGAAGCCAGCGUGGGGCGGAGCGGGAGGAAUUUUUCAACCGUACCGUGGCGUUCUAUCUGCGGAAUGCAUGUCCUCAUGUCAUUCUUGCGGGCGACUUCAACUGUGUGUUGAAGUCGAAGGAUGUCACGGGUGGGGGGAAUUUCAGCCUUGCUCUGCGAAACGCCGUAAACAGCAUGGGUAUGAGUGAUAGCUGGGAGGCUCUCAGAGGCAACUCUGUGGAGUUUUCCUACAUCACUAGUGGUUCGGGGUCACGCAUCGAUCGUUGUUAUGUCUCCUCUUCGCUGGUAACACAGUUAAGGACUACCGAUAUGCAUGUGCUCUCCUUUUCGGAUCACAAGGCACUCACAGUGCGCCUCUGCCUCCCAACCCCGCCCAAUCGUUUGACCAACAACGGUUAUUGGCAGCUGAGGCCACACGUAUUAACUGAAAGAAACCUGGAGGAGUUCAGAUGCAAGUGGAAUAACUGGACUAAACAGCGUCGAAACUACGGCACGUGGAUCUCGUGGUGGGUGGAGUUCGCGAAGCCUAAAAUAAAAUCAUUUUUCCGCUGGAAAACAAAUGAGAGAUUCCGAAGUUUCCACUUGCACCACGAACUCCUCUACAGAGGGUUGAAGUCCUCAUACGAGCGAUAUCUGUCUGACCCUAACGAGUUGACGAAUAUCAAUCGUAUAAAAGGUAAAAUGCUUCUCCUUCAGAGACGUUUUUCCGAGGACUUUAAACGUAUCAAUGAAACCCGCGUAUGUGGCGAAAACAUCUCGACCUUCCAGCUUGAGGAAAGGAGGAGGAGGCGAACUGUGAUCGAAAAACUAAAUAUUGAAGACGGGACAUCCUUAACUGAUAAAGACGCGAUAAAUGUUCACAUUAGGAGCUUCUUUUCAGAGCUAUACACCACAGACAACACAGACAACACACAAACAGACGACACAUUUACAUGCACACGCGUCAUUCCUGAGGAUUGUGAGAUCAAUAAUGGUUGCAUGGAGGAAAUCACUUCUGGUGAGAUCCUCUAUGCGAUCAAAAACUCACAGUCUCGAAAGUCCCCUGGCCCAGAUGGAAUACCCAAGGAGUUUUAUCUCCGCGCGUUCGACGUCAUCGAGCGCGAGCUUGGGCUCGUGCUCAAUGAGGCACUCCGCGGAGAGAUUCCUCGAAGCUUCGUCGACGGGGUCAUAGUGCUGGUGAGGAAGAAGGGGGGUGGGGAUGCCAUGUCUUCAAUUCGACCUAUAUCACUCCUUAACACAGACUACAAGCUUUUGUCGAAGGUUAUUAAACCCCGUCUCGAUUGUAUAAUCGGGAAAUGGGGGAUAAUCUCGACAGCGCAAAAGUGUUGCAACAAACCUUGCAACAUUUUUCAAGCUGUACUCUCUGUUAAGGAGAGGGUGGUUGAUUUGAAGAUGAAACGCAAGUGUGGUAAACUAGUCUCCUUUGAUCUCUCGCAGGCGUUCGAUCGCGUCGAUAGAGGCUUCCUCUUUAAUAACAUGGUUUCUAUGGGUUUCAAUCCUGGGCUGGUGGGGCUUUUGAGAAGGUUUGGUGAUCAGUCCUCCUCCCGUAUCCUAGUCAACGGAUCCCUAUCUCCCCCUAUUUCCAUCCGACGAUCCGUUCGUCAGGGGGAUCCACUUUCCAUGCACCUUUUCAUCCUAUACCUUCAUCCCCUCAUCACCAGACUAGAAGGCAUAUGCUGCGACCAGGAUGACCUGGUCAAUGCGUACGCCGACGACAUCUCGGUGGUGACUACCUCAUCCCAAAAAAUCGAGUUGGUGCGUGAGGCUUUUGAAGCGUUUGGCAGAGUCUCCGGAGCCCGCCUCAACGUCGACAAAACCAUCGCGCUCGACGUGGGAUACACCACAUCAAAUGCCAUUCAGGUCCCUUGGCUUCGUACCGUGGAGAGGCUUAGGCUCCUCGGUAUAUUGUUUACCAACAAUGUACGAGAAGCUAUGAGCCUCAACUGGGACCUGUUGAUCCACCAUUUCCGACAGCUGGUGUGGCUUCAUCGCGUGAGGGACUUAAACGUGGUGCAGAAGGUUGUUCUGCUGAACACCUUCCUACUCCCCAAGCUGUGGUUUGUUGCAUCGGUUUGUGGCGCCCGUGCAAUGGACAUAGCGAAGGUGACCUGCACCGUGAACACGUUCCUCUGGGAUGGAUCCGGAGGCUUCCGAGUCCCACUGCAGCAACUGGCGCUGCCUCGCAACCGUGGUGGGCUUAACCUUCACCUUCCUGCCAUCAUGGCCAAGGCGCUGUUGACGAACCGGUAUGUUACGGAACAGGACUGUCUACGAGUCGGAGGUCAGCACAUUUCUUGUGCUGGGAAUCCUCCGAACAUCGCCGCUGUUUCGUCAACGUACCCGUGUCUGCGUAUCGUCAUACAGCAACUUGGCUACCAACCCCCAUCAGCCACCAUCACGACACGCUGGAUUCGCCAAACAAUGACGGAAGUGCUUCUUGAGCCGAAGGUAGCCUUGGAAAAUCCGUCAGUGAAUUGGCGGCUACUCUGGCGCAAUAUUCAUCGUUCCUGUCUAUCGUCCCUUCAACGCAGCACGCUCUUCUUGCUGGUAAACGGCAAGAUCAGCCAUGGAGAGCUGCUGCAUCGAAUGAACCGCGUCCCAUCUCCGUCAUGUUCGUUUUGUUCUGCAAUAGACACCCUGGAACACAAAUUCGCUGGCUGCAGAAGAGUUGCUGAUGCUUGGCAGAUUCUGCACCAGCGAAUUAGCGUUGUAAUUUCAGGGUGUCCGUCUUCGUCAACGUUAUUGUUCGGUUUGUUGCGUUUGCCUGUACUAAACGGCAUUAGUGCAGGUAAACGCAGCCAUAUCCUAAGUUUGUUUGCGAACUAUGUCAUCCACAUCAUUGGAAACAAUGAUGCUGUGAUUGACAUAGAAGUUCUGCGUUGUUCAUUGUAAAAAUUAAUGUUAAAUAGAACCUAAGCACGUUUUUAAUAAAACAUUUAUAAAAAAAAAA